GCUCGCGUUACUGCUUGCAUACUCCACAGCCACAAAAGCGGCGCGAACUUUUAACCAAUUUGAUAAAUAAAAAUAAAAAAUUAGAGAUAAUAAUUAGCGCGCCCAUUUCGUCAACAAUGUCGAGCUCCCUCUCCACUCUCUCUCCCUUCUCCUCUUCUUCUUCCUCUUUCUCUCUCCUACCCCCCAAAACCCUAAAUCCCACCGAAUUAUCAUUUCGAGCUCCGGGAGCUCGCCCAGAUUCGCGACCCUUCUUCUCCUGCUCUCCCCGCCGCUCCAAAACGCUAAUUAGGGCUCCGACGAGCCGGAGCGCGGCGGAGACGUCGUCGCCCGCCGCCGCGGCUACUGCUCAGCAGGGCUCUACAGCGUCGGAUGUGGUCAGGGAGUUCUACGACAGGAUCAAUCGCCGCGAUCUCGAUGGCUUGGAGGUGUUGAUCGGAGAGGAUUGCGUCUACGAGGAUCUCGUCUUCUCCCGCCCCUUCGUUGGGCGCAAGGCUAUUAUUCACUUCUUCAAGAAGUUCACAGAAUCUAUCAGCCCUGACCUUCAAUUUGUCAUCGAUGACAUAUCCAAGGAAGACUCAUCAGCUAUUGGAGUUACAUGGCACCUGGAGUGGCAGGGCAAGCCUUUUCCAUUCAGCAAGGGCUGCAGCUUCUAUCGCUUGGAAAUAUUGGAUGGCAAGAGACAGUUAGUAUAUGGUCGAGAUUGUGUGGAACCUGCCACUAAGCCUGGGGAGUUGGCAUUGGCUAUAAUCAGGGGUGUGACUUGGGUGCUUGAACGGUUUCCACAGCUUGCUGAUCAAUUUUGACAGAUGCCUACUCAUUUUUCUCGGGGUGUAUGAUAUAUAAACAAUAGCACUGAUUAUUAAGAUGUAUUCUGUAAAUCUCAUUGCUAUUCACUGUACUCAAAUCUUAAUGUUAACUAUGUAAUUGCUUAUUCGCAAGUUUGUAGUUAUGUAUCUAGGCAUAACAUGUUGAAUGGAACUUCUGUGUGGAUACAGAGCCAGUUACAAUU